UCAUUCAAGCUCAUUCACUGUCACAUUCAUUCAAUUCAUUCAUAGGAGCAAGAAGAGAGAGAGAGAGAGAGAGAGAGAGAAUGGUGGUGGGAGGAGGGAAGGAGGAGGAAGAGUACCUGUUCAAGGUGGUGAUCACUGGGGACUCGGCGGUGGGGAAGUCGAACCUGCUGUCGAGGUACGCGAGGAACGAGUUCAACCUGCACUCCAAGGCCACCAUCGGGGUGGAGUUCCUGACGCAGACCGUCGACAUCGACGGCAAGGAGGUGAAGGCCCAGAUCUGGGACACCGCCGGCCAGGACCGGUUCCGCGCCGUCACCUCCGCCUACUACCGCGGGGCCUUCGGCGCCCUCGUCGUCUACGACGUCUCCCGCCGCUCCACCUUCGACUCUGUCUCCCGCUGGCUCGACGAGCUCAAUACACAUUCAUACACAACUGUCGCAAAGAUGUUGGUCGGUAACAAGUGUGACUUGUCAAAUAUUAGAGAGGUAUCGGUCGAGGAAGGGAAAUGCCUCGCAGAAGCUGAAGGGCUUUUCUUUAUUGAGACAUCAGCCUUGGAUUCUACGAAUGUGAAAACGGCCUUCGAGAUCGUGAUCAAGGAGAUCUACGACAAUGUCAGCAGGAAGGUCUUGAAUUCAGAUUCCUACAAGGCAGACCUUUCUAUCAACAGGGUUGCACUUUUUAGUGAUGGCGCCAAUGACCAAAAACAAGCUACAAGCAGAUUCUCUUGUUGUUAGAACCAUUUGACAAUUUCUUGAGGUCAGACAUAAGUUGUAAUCUCAGUUGCUUUUGGUUUGCUACAAUGCUUGAAGUGUAUUCAAAGAGUAAUUUCUUUCACUAGAUAUAAAUCUUUUGGUGCUUUGUUGUCCAAUAAACUGGUUAUAUCAAAAACUGCA